AUUCUUAUCAAGAUUAUUAAGGCAAUUAAGAUAUGCAUUAUUGUAAUCUUUGUCCCAAUUACUUGCCUUUGAAAAAGAAAAACAAAAGAAAGUAAAAAAUAACUAAAAACGCGUGAGGGGCAAUUUAGUCAUUUAAGCACGACAAAUUCCGCGAAAUUCGAUAGCAGUGAAGGGUAGUAACGUCAAUUUACAAUCUUACUUUCAAAUCGAGAAUUGAUAUAUAACGGUGUAAAAAGAGUGCGCAAAUGGAAACACACUGAAACCAACAACACAUCUUCUAAAAUGGAACGAAGUGCAAAAUCUGUAUAAUAAUUCGUACCAAAAGGGGGAAAAAAAGUGAGCUAUUGCAAUUUGCAACGGUCGAAUUUUUGAAGAAAAAAAAAAUGGCGGAUUCGACCAAUGAGCAGUCGAGUUUUUGGACUCAGGCCAACGCUUUGCUGAGGAAGAAUCUGAUUUUUCAGAAACGUAAUAUGAAGACGAAUAUUCGCCUCGUUCUAUUCCCACUUGUCCUCUGUUUGUUGCUUGUUCUUAUCCAAGUAUUGGUGAACACUCAAUUGGAUAAGCCUUCAAACAGGUGUGGCUGCAUUUGUGUUGAUACAGGGAAAGGUCCGUGUGAAAAAAAGUGUGGGAUCGAAUACUCAACUUUGGAACAAGCGUCUAGCUGUCCCAUUCCUCAUCCUCCGGAAUGGCUUCCGUUAUUACAAGUACCAUCCCCGCAAUUUCGUGCAGUUAGAACUGAUUUUACAUCAUAUGGAGACCUGCCUGGAGAUUCAUGUAGGAAAACAGGCUCCUGUCCUGUAACUACACUUGUUACAGGGAAUAAUCAAACAUUUGGUCAAACUGUGGCUGGAAACAUGUUCUCGAGGCCAUUAAAUAUAGAUUCCUCAGAUCUUCUGUACAGCUUAGCAGAUAAUGCUUUGGGUUCGGAAACAGAUACUCGGUUUACUAAUUUUCUGGAUACUGCUUUUCUUUCAAAUGUUCCGAUUGAUAUUCUUCAGCCUCAAUGCUCAUCAAAUUCUCAAAUUUCUGUUACUAUCCAAUUAGGUGCUACUGCAUUGGAAAAAGAUAUACGUUGUGCUCAAGGCUUACAGUUGUGGCGCAAUAGUUCUUCCGAGAUCAACAGUGAGUUAUACAAGGGUUACCUUAAGGGGAAUCCGGAGUCAAAGAUCAACGAAAUUUUAGCAGCUUACGAUUUUGUGAACUCAAAAGACAAUCUGUUCAAUGUUACUAUAUGGUACAAUUCCACAUAUAGGAGUGACACAGGCAAUCAGCCUCUAAACUUGAUACGGGUGGCUCGUUCAAUAAACUUGGCUUCAAAUGCCUAUCUCCAAUCUCUGCUUGGACCAACUGCGGAAAUGCUUUUCGAGUUUGUGAAAGAAAUGCCAAAGCCCGAAACGAAACUUAGGCUGGAUUUUUCUUCUCUCCUUGGGCCACUCUUCUUUACAUGGGUCAUUGUACAACUGUUUCCUGUUGUUCUGAUAUCUUUGGUUUACGAGAAAGAGCACAAACUAAGAAUUAUGAUGAAAAUGCACGGGCUUGGAGAUGGUCCUUAUUGGAUGAUAUCUUAUGCUUAUUUUUUAGCAAUAUCUUCAAUCUACAUGCUAUGCUUCGUGCUAUUUGGCUCAGCCGUUGGGUUGAACUUCUUCAGACUAAAUGAUUACAGCAUCCAGUUUGUCUUUUAUUUCCUCUACAUAAACUUGCAAAUCUGUUUGGCUUUUCUUGUUGCUGAUUGGUUUUCGUCCGUGAAGACUGCUACAGUCGUGGGAUAUAUGAUGGUAUUUGGAACUGGCCUCUUGGGUGGAUUCCUCUUUCAAUUCUUUCUCGAAGAUUCUUCAUUCUCAAAAGCAGGGGUAAUCGCUAUGGAGUUAUUUCCAGGGUUUUCCCUGUACCGUGGUUUAUACGAGUUUUCACAAUACGCGUUCAAUGGAAAUUAUAUGGGUACUGGUGGAAUGGAAUGGAAAGAUUUAAAUGACAGCAAUAACGGAAUGAGAGAGGUCUUGAUCAUUCUUGCAGUGGAAUGGCUGGUUGUUUUCGGUGUUGCAUAUUAUGCAGAUCAAGUCGUGUCGUCUGGAACAAAUCCCCUAUCUUUCUUGCGGAAGAAGCAAAAGAAUCUCCAAUCAUCUUUCCGUAAACCUAGCUUGCGAAGGCAGGGUUCUAAAGUUUUUGUUCAGAUGGAGAAGCUUGAUGUUGAUCAAGAGAGGGAGAAAGUUGAGCAGUUACUACUGGAAUCAAGUACAAGUCAUUCAAUUAUAUGCAAUAACCUCAAAAAGAUAUAUCCAAGUAGGGACGGAAAUCCCGAGAAAUUUGCAGUAAGAGAGCUCUCACUUGCUUUGCCGCAAGGAGAAUGCUUUGGCAUGCUUGGUCCUAAUGGUGCUGGCAAAACUUCGUUCAUCAACAUGAUGAUUGGGCUCAUAAAGCCGAGCUCUGGAACUGCAUAUGUUCAAGGAUUAGAUAUACGCACUGAUAUGGAUAGAAUAUACACCAGCAUGGGUGUGUGUCCGCAACACGACUUACUGUGGGAAACUUUAACGGGAAGAGAGCAUCUACUUUUCUACGGAAGGCUUAAAAAUCUCAAAGGUGCUGCCCUAACACAAGCAGUAGAAGAAUCGCUUAAGAGUGUGAACUUAUUCCAUGGUGGCGUGGCGGACAGAAAAGCGGGGAAAUAUAGUGGAGGCAUGAAGAGGAGACUUAGUGUCGCCAUUUCACUUAUCGGAGAUCCAAAAGUGGUGUAUAUGGAUGAGCCGAGUACUGGAUUAGAUCCUGCUUCAAGAAACAUGUUGUGGAACGUAGUUAAACGUGCCAAGCAAAACAGAGCUAUAAUUCUCACCACGCAUUCAAUGGAAGAGGCAGAACAUCUAUGCGACCGUCUCGGAAUUUUUGUGGAUGGAAGCUUGCAAUGUGUCGGAAACCCGAAAGAGCUCAAGGGUAGAUACGGAGGAUCGUACGUAUUCACGAUGACAACAUCCCCGACUCACGAGGAAGAAGUAGAGAACUUGGUAAACCAACUCUCCCCGAAUGCAACAAAGGUAUACCAAAUCUCAGGUACGCAAAAGUUCGAGUUGCCAAAAAACGACAUAAGAAUAGCAGACGUGUUUGAAGCAGUCGGCAACGCAAAGAGUAGAUUCACUGUUCAGGCUUGGGGCCUAGCAGACACUACUUUAGAGGAUGUAUUUAUUAAGGUUGCAAAAGGGUCUCAAGCAGACAGUACUCUCUCGUGAGUCGAUUUCAUAUAGCUUUCGUAUAUUGUUGUGUAUUAUGGAUUGAGAGAUGAUUCUGCGUAAAUUUUACAGUUUUGUUUGUACAUUUUGAUGUAUUAGUUAAACUGAUGCUUGUGUUGAUGUAAAGAUUUUCUUGAAGUGCAAAUAUGAAAAUA